UCGAAUUGGAAGUGCUGGUUUUGGAUACUUGAAAAAUCCAAUAUCACCAAUAUGCGUUGGCAACCUGCUGAUCUGGCGCAAGCGUGUCCUUUGGACACUAAUAUCAGCGCUUGCUCAUCAUUAGGCUUCUUAUUCUUAAACAUCGUCGCCAAUUUAUAUGGAGGAUCUAAAGACAUCAGGAUUCAGAAGGAGAUUGGUGAUGAUGAAAGGAAAGUAAAUGAAGACAUAGAUGGAUAUGAUAGAAAAGUGAAUGAAGAAUGUGAUGAAGAAUAUGACUUCGUGGUCGUUGGGGCGGGUUCUGCUGGGUGUGUCGUGGCUAGUAGAUUGUCUGAGGUCAAGCAAUGGAAGGUGCUACUCCUAGAAGCAGGCCCGGAGCAGCCGGAUGUGACGCUAGUACCAGCUCUGAGCGAGACACUGCCAGGGUCCAGCAUCGACUGGGGUUACCAAACACAACCGGACCCCUACUCGUGUCUGUCCAGGAAAGAUGGCAAAUGUUCUUGGGCCAGAGGUAAAGUGAUGGGUGGAACUAGCAGCAUCAACUCUAUGGUGUGUGUGCGAGGACACCCACUUGACUACGACGAGUGGGCUGCUGCAGGCAAUGUUGGUUGGAGUUACAAAGAUGUCCUGCCGUUCUUCAGGAAAGCCGAAAGAAAUCUCGACAAAGAAGCUUUCAACCUGAAGUACCACGGUGUUCACGGGCCACAAAGCGUAUCACGAUUUCCUCUAAUCGAUAGACCUUCCAGAACCCUAUUUGAAGGUCUCAAACAGCUGGGUUUGCGUGACACUGACGUCACUGCUGGCGAUUUCCAAAAUGCCGCUUUCCUAACGCAAGCAUUUGGCGAAAAAGGAGAGAGAGUAUCAACAAAUACUGCCUACAUACAACCAAUCAGAUAUAAGCGUAAAAAUUUAACAGUAAAACCUAAUUCAGAAGCUGUAAGGAUCCUUAUUGACGACAAUAAAAGAGCUUACGGUGUAGAAUAUGUAAAAAAUGGUAAACAAUUCACAGCUACUGCGAGGAAAGAAAUUAUUGUAAGUAGUGGAACAAUCAACUCUCCGAAAUUGCUCAUGCUGUCAGGAAUAGGUCCGCGAAACCAUCUAAAAGAACUCAAUAUUCCUGUUAAACAAGAUUUGCCUGUUGGAGAAAACCUGCACAACCAUGUUACGUUUACUGGAAUGAUCAUCGCAUUUGACAGGAAUACUUCAACCUUAGUAGACCAUGAAGAGAUGUUGGAGCAAACGAAGGAGUACAAAGAUAUGAAAGUCAAAAGAGGUCCCAUGUCAUCGACUGGCAUUUACAAUACCAUGGGAUUUUUGAAAUCAGACGAAAGUCUUCAAGCCCCGGAUAUACAAUUCCAAAGUUACCAAAUAUUUUUACAUGAGUUAUUAGAAGACCCUGUAACUUUUGAACGGCUAAAAAUAUUCCCGAACAGUUUUUACAAUGCAAUCAUAAUCAGACCACAAAACUUGAUACCGAAUAGUCGUGGUAAAGUAUUGCUUAACGCUACAAAUCCUGACGGUCCCCCGCUACUGUAUGCCGGAUAUUUAGUUGACCCAGAUGACCUAAUACCGAUCAAAAAAGGGGUACAGUUUAUUAAGAACUUGGAAUACACUGAGCCAUUCCAAUCAGGGCGAGCUAAAUUCAUUAAAUAUAUCUACCCCGCAUGCAGACACACUGAAUGGGGCUCAGAUGAAUAUACAGAAUGUAUGUCAAGACAUUACACUUUCGCUUUGGGCCAUCAAGUUGGGACUUGCAAAAUGGGCGCAGAUUGGGACCCUACAGCUGUGGUCGACCCAAGAUUAAGAGUCUAUGGAGUAGCAGGGUUGAGAGUCAUUGACAAUUCCAUAAUGCCAAAAAUUACCAGAGGGAAUACUAAUGGACCAGCAAUAAUGAUUGGAGAGAAAGGUGCUUCUAUGGUGAUAGAAGAUUGGUUACAUAAUUACGUUGCUGGUGAAAAAACAAUGUAAAUAAGAUUAAAUGUGACAC